AUGCACGCGUCCGCUUCUGCCACUGCCUCACACAUGCCUGCCUCCUGCGGAGACCGGGGCGGGCCAAUUACUACCAGCGGCUUAACAAGGUUUACUUCUGUUACUGCUGCAACAUAUGCACGACCGGACUGCAAAGCUUCCCUGAGGCUUCACCAGUCAGCAACCCGCCAUUGGUGCCUAACACGAUUUGCGGCACUUCUCUUAUGCUUUAAGAGUGACAGCAUACUCUCUGUCCACCUCGCUAGCUGGUCCGUUGGCCUCUUCUACCUCGCCCCGCCCCUGAACGAGUCUCUGUUCGUCGCCGCCGAGAUCCUGUUGUCCCCCCACGACCACCUUAUCAUGAGUCGCGAUGCCAAGCUCCCGUCCGUAGCGAUGCAGCCCAACCUCCCCGCCGAACCGCCUCUGCAGGCCGAGAUUCUGCACAUUGACGCGCCUCGGAUGCAGUACCGAAGCCGCCCCGUCUCGGUCGCCGUCGAUCCCGUUUCUCUCGUCAUCUCUGAAUGCAUAUCGAUUACUUCGGCGAUCCAGAAGCACGCCCGCUCGCCACACUCGUCUGUGUCGGCCAUUCUUGGAGGCAAUCCCAAUCCCAUCAACCUGGGUGCGCCGAGCUCCAGCCCCAAGCCCGGGCGCAAAUCCCAGGCUGGAGGAGGUACUGCUCUGGACACCCAGGACCUUACGAUAAACACAAGAUGGGGUCUCCUUGGCCAAAAGGGAAAGAGCAUGCAGGACGACCCCAUGAUUUCGGGGUUCGGCGCCUUGCGUCAUGAUAUUGCUGGCAUUAGAGACAUUUGCACAUUUGACGCGCCCGCACUUCUCGCCCCAUUCCUUCUCGUUAUCCAAGCAAAGGGUACCGCCGCGCCGAUCACGAUCCUCGCCCUCGGAGCACUUCGAAAAUUCUUGGCCUACGGCUUCGUCUGCGCCAGCUCACCACGAUUUGCGCUUGCUAUGCAGUCUCUCUCCUCUGCCGUAACACACUGCCAGUUUGAUGUUAGCGAUUCAGCGCAGGGAGAAGUUGUUCUUCUCAUGAUUCUCAACCUCAUGGAGGACAUGAUGUCCGGCCCAGGCGGUGACAUACUCAGUGACGAGAGCGUCUGUGACAUGAUGGGACGCGGACUCGCCAUUUGCUCCCAGCCGCGUUUCUCCCCCGUUUUGCGCAGGACUGCCGAGGCAGCCAUGGUGAGGAUGUGUCAGAUCAUUUUCGAGGAUGUCAAGCACCUCGACGUGGAAAUUACCGACAACUCGGACGUCUUCGACCAAAAGGAUGAUAACUUGCACAUGGACACACAUACAUCCGCAAUUACUCCAGAAGAGCGUGAUUCGACAUCAACCCCGAUACCUGAAGAGAUCGAGAAACAGCCCGAAGUGACCGAACCUGAGCAAGACAAACAAUAUACGUCCGCUACGAUUGUCACCAAAGGCGAUGACGAGAGCGAAACUAGCGAUGAUUCGGAGUCGGUGGACCUGAAACCUUACUCAUUGCCCUCCGUCCGCGAGCUGUUCCGUGUUCUAGUCAACUUCCUGGACCCGAAUGAUAGACAUCACACCGACACCAUGAGAGUCAUGGCGCUGCGGAUUAUUCAUGUUGCUUUCGAAGUGGCUGGGCCGUUUAUUGCUCGGCACCCUGCACUAGCAACCAUCGCAGAGGACAAGCUGUGCUUUUAUCUCUUUCAACUGAUUCGGUCAGACAACAUGGCCAUCCUCCAAGAAUCUCUCAUUGUCGCGGGCACGAUGCUUGCCACAUGCCGCGGUGUUUUGAAGUUGCAGCAGGAGCUAUUCCUGUCUUACCUAGUGGCUUGCCUGCACCCUAGCGUUCCCAUUCCUCGCGACAUGGGUAUCGAGGCUUCUCUGUUCGCGGGCAUUCCUGAAACGCCAAAGCUUGUGAAGCCCCCUUCUUCACAAGGUGGGAGCGGUCGUGCCACACCUGUCGCUAUCAAAGAUAGACAAAAACUUGGUCUGGAGGGUGGUUCACGUAAGCCGGAUGCUAGACAAGCCAUGGUAGAAAGCAUCGGUGUUCUCUCGCGCAUGCCAACCUUUGUGGCCGAGCUCUUUGUCAACUAUGACUGCGAUGUUGACAGAGCUGACCUCUGCGAGGAUAUGAUUGGACUUCUGUCCCGCAACGCGCUACCCGACUCUGCUACCUGGAGCACUACAAGUGUCCCGCCACUCUGUCUCGAUGCUCUCUUGAGAUACAUUCAGUUUGUUGCUGAGAGACUCGAUAAAAAGCCUGUCACAGACGGUUAUACAGACCCCGCUGUUCUGCGGGAGCAGCGACGGAGAAAGAAGAUAAUUAUCAAAGGCACGAGCUUGUUCAAUGAGAAACCAAAGAAUGGACUUGGAUACCUAGAGGCGCAAGGUAUCCUAAGGAGCGCCCAGGACGCCGCAGAAGUCGCUGCUUUCUUGAAGGAGACGUCACGAGUAUCCAAAUCGGUUCUUGGUGAAUAUCUUUCCAAGACGGGGAACGAAAAGGUUCUAAAGGAGUUCUUGGAUCUCUUUGACUUUUCUGGAAAGCGCCUCGACGAAGGCCUUCGGUUGUUGUUGGAGUCUUUCCGUCUUCCUGGCGAAGCACAGCUGAUUGCCAACAUUGUCGAGAGUUUUUCGGAGAAAUACUGCACCUGUGAUACACCGGAGCAGAUUGCGAACAAGGAUGCCGCUUACGUCUUGAGCUAUGCGAUCAUCUUGCUGAAUACUGACCAGCAUAACCCAACGCUCAAGGCCAACAAGCGCAUGACUGUUGAGGAUUUCUCACGAAAUCUGCGUGGCGUUAAUGAUGGCAAGAACUUUUCGCCUGAAUACCUUUCCGACAUUUACCAGUCAAUCAAGUCAAACGAAAUCAUCUUGCCAGACGAACAUGACAACCAGCAUGGAUUCGACUACGCUUGGAGAGAGCUUCUAUUAAAGACAGAGUCGGCUGGCAAUCUCGUUGUCUGUGAUACGAAUAUUUACGACGCUGACAUGUUCGCGGCAACUUGGAGGCCGAUUGUAUCUACGCUUUCGUACGUCUUCAUGUCUGCUAGUGAUGACGCCGUCUUCGCCAGGAUAGUGACUGGAUUCGACGAAUGUGCCCGCAUCGCAGCCAAGUACAACAAUGUGGAGGCACUGGACCAGAUUGUGUACUGUCUUAGCUAUAUGACGACACUAGCAUCAGAAACCACCUUCAACACCGCACUGAACACGGAAGUACAGGUGGGCGAGACUAGUGUCAUGGUUAGCGAGCUGGCAGUCAAGCUUGGCCGUGACUUCCGUGCGCAGCUGGCUACGCUCGUUCUCUUCCGCGUCGUGACCGGCAGUGAGCAUAUUAUUCAGAACGGCUGGAAACACAUUAUCCGUAUAUGGGUCAACCUCUUCUCAAACUCGCUGGCAUCCCAAUUUGGCGCAGCUGACCUUCCCCGUUUCGGAUUGCCAGAUAUUCCUCUUCAGUUACCGUCGCAGGUUAUUGAACGCGGUGCGCGUUCGUCGGAUACGGGCUUCUUCUCUGCUUUCACCUCAUACAUAUCUAGCUACGCUGCCGACGAUCCUCCCGAGCCAUCUGACGAAGAGCUGGAGAGUACUUUGUGCACAGUCGACUGUAUUAAUUCCUGCAAGCUCGAGAAUGUCUUCAACACUAUCGCAAAGCUCCCUAUCGCUACUACGAAGCUGAUUGUUACUGGUCUUCUGGAGCAGCUUCCAGACGAUGACAGCGCAACCAUCAUGAGCGUCAAGCAAGACAAUAUGCCUAAUCCUCCUCCCAGUGUGCAUACCGCGGCCACAGGGCCACCGAAGUAUGAUCCUUCGGUCGCUUAUAUUCUCGAAUUCUCUACGCUUCUGGCCACCAGGGACCCCGAGUCCGUUGAGGAAAUGGCGGAGGAAGUGUUUCGAACGGUGCAAGGUAUCCUCCGCCAUGCAUCGCAAUGGCACGCUGUCACCGUUUCGCGCGCCGUCUUUUACGCUCUACGAAUAUUGAAAGAUGGAUUUGAUCACGAGAUUGUCAACGUCCCGAGAUUACUACACACUAUUUCAGGUCUACCACAGGAUGUGCUUGCUAGGACUUCAAGUACUAUCCUCAAUGGCUUGGCUGCCUGUACCGAGGAGCCAGGUCCUCUGCGAAGCGAAAUGAUGACUUCGCCUGACUUUUGGGCAACACUGCGCGUUCUCGCUACUAGCCGCGAAUCUGCUGCGCAGGUCUUUUUGAUUCUCGAGAAGGGGACCUCUGGCUCCCCCCCAGCGAUCAUGGCAGACAAUUACAUGGCGGCCGUUGCUCUACUCGAUCAGUUUGCAUCAAGCGCAAACCCACUGGCCUCGUCUGAGAAGCGAGUGGAGCAAGAAAGGCGGCGACAUGAUCAGCCUCGCAAGGAAGCCAAGGUUGACAGUGCGGCUGUUGAGCGCGGCUGCAAGGCUAUCGAAAGUCUCUAUAGCAUGACUUCACUCGUACCGCAGCUCAUCCAACAAUCGCAGCUGGAAAGCGGUGAGGCCUGGUCUGCUUAUUGGCUACCCAUUUUUCAGUCUCUCAUGCACCAGUGUGGAAACCCAUGCCGGGAGGUUCGCCAGUUGGCAUUCUCUUCGCUGCACCGCUCACUCCUCUCCGCGGAUCUGACCACUAGCGACCCGAAGGAGUGGACAGCCAUAUUCAGCAAGGUUCUCUUCCCCCUAAUUCUUCGCUUGCUGAAGCCUGAGGUCUUUUCAGCCGAUCGCGAGGGCAUGAGCAAGUUGCGUCUGCAGGCCACGUCGCUGCUAUGCAAUGUCUUCUUACACUACCUAAAUCUACUCGCUGAAUGGGAUGGGCUACUUUCGUUGUGGACCAAGAUUAUUGAAAUUAUGGACCGUCUCAUGAACAGCGGCCAAGGCGAUACUUUGGAGGAGGCGGUUCGUGAGAACCUCAAGAACGUUAUCCUCUUUAUGGAGAGCAACGGAGUGUUGGUCCCCCCCACUGAAGACCCUGCGAGAAAGGAGAUCUGGGAUGAGACCUGGAAGCGCGUGGAUCGGUUCUUGCCAGAUCUGCGAGCUGAGAUCGCACCCGCGCCAGAAGAACCGGCACCGGCACUAGAGCCGACUGCUGUUGUAGAUGGCGCGGCAACAAGGGUAUCCGUUGGUGCUCCGCAACAGGCGAAGAGAGAGACGGAGACGGCGGUCGACCCCGAACCAAGCGAGGCAAGUGAGGCAAGCACGGAAGAGGAAGAGAGUGCUGAAAAGGCACAAGUCGAGCAGGCGGGUAAAGAGGAGCAAGAAGUGGAUUAA